AGGAGGAGCUGUCACUUCUGCCUUUCUCUGCAAAAGUCUGCAAAACACAAAAAAACCCUUCAGAGGAACUGUCAGAAAAGACUUUGCUCGGAAGCAGCAAUGGCAGAGGCCAAGCAAGGAGGUGCUGGGGGGUUUGCUAAAAAUGUCCAAAAGAGAUUCACCCGCGCACAGGAAAAGGUUCUUCAAAAACUGGGAAGAACACUAGAAACUAAGGAUGAGAUGUUUGAGCAGUGCGCAUAUCUAUUCAACCAGCAGCAGAAUGAAGGAAAUAGAUUAUACAAAGAUUUGAAGGCAGUCUUCAGUGCUGUGAAAGCAAUGCAUGAAAGUUCCAAGAGAUUAUCUGAAACACUUCAUGUCAUUUACAAACCAGACUGGGAUGGAUACAAUGAUCUACGGCCAAUUGUGGAGAACGAUGACCUUCUCUGGAAUGACUAUGAGGAAAAAAUGUCUGACCAAGUGGUGCGGAUCAUGGAUAAUUAUAUGGCCCAGUUUCCUGAGUACAGGGAAAGGAUUGCCAAACGAGGAAGAAAGAUGGUAGAUUAUGACAGUGCCAGACACCAUCUGGAAGCAUUACAGAAUGCCAAAAAGAAAGAUGAGGGAAAGAUCACUAAGGCUGAGGAAGAAUUUAAUAAAGCACAGAGCAUCUUUGAAGACUUAAACAAGGAACUUCGAGAAGACCUGCCAGUUCUCUACAGCAGCCGAGUAGGAUGCUAUGUGACUAUAUUCAAGAAUAUUUCAAAUCUGAGAGAUGUAUUCUACAAAGAGAUGAGCAAGUUGAAUCAUGAGCUCUAUGAUGUGAUGAGCAAACUAGAAAAGCAGCAUUCAAACAAAGUCUUUGUCAUUAAGGGAGUAAAGAGUAACAGAAAAUCUCUGGUGAUCUCUUCUCCUAUAAGCUCUUCUAGUUCAUUUUUCAUGGCUUCAAUAGAUCCAGAGGCAAGCACCCCUAGCGUUAACACAAAGUCAGUAAAUCAGACAUGUGAGAACAGUUCACUAUCAUCCAAUUCCAGUGAAACUCAAGACUCCAUUUCUAUGGAUGGGAACUUCACCCAGAGUUUAGAAAAUUCAUCUCAAGAGACACCAAAUGAACUUUCUCAGAGUUUGUCAGAUAAUUCUGGUAUAAAGAACUCAAAUGAAAUGGAACAAGAAAAUAACAUGAGCACCAUGGACCCUAUGGCAGGGAACAAAACGGACACACAAAAACACCAAGAGGAUGCAAAAACUGGGAAAUCAGAGGAAGAAACUCAAGCUGGUCCAUAUAAUAUAAUACAAGAGAGAUCAGGUGCUAUAGACCAGAAUAGCUCAGCUUUCUCAUCUCAAAAGGGUUUAGGUGAACUGAUGAAGAGGAAUUUAGAAGCUUCAGAUGAGGUUUCAGAUGGCACAACAAUAUGUUUAUCCAGGGACCAAAAUGGUGAUACAAACAAGGAAAUCGACAAGGAGUUAAAUGAUGCAAAACCAAGGGAAUUAUGUCAAAAGGCACAGGUAGAUUCACAGGAUGAAACACAUGACAAAAAACAAGAAUUUCUAUCAACAAAUGGCCUGAAAGACACAAAAGAAAAGUCAGAAAUCAUAAUGAAGGGCGGUACAGGAGGCUCCACACAGAUGAAAACAGCAGCUUUAGUAGACAUUAUUCAGAAUGAGGACACAACACAAAGUGGUGUGGGCAUUAAGCAGCAGGAGCAAUGUGAAAAGGCAGGUUCAAAUGAUAAGACACAGGAAGACUCAGUGGGUUGGAAAAUAGAAAGUCCUUCACUUAAUGCAUUGAUGCCAUCAAAAAAUGGAUUAUUAGACAUAACUGAAGACCAAAAAAUGUCUGCAGAGGGUGAACCACUUUCCAGUGCUGAAUUGGAACAAGGAAAAGCUGAAAGCAAAACAGCAGAACCACAUCUACCUACCACCCUAACUGCAGGUGCUGGCUUAAGUGAUGAAAGUGACCGGAAUCAAAUUAUAGCCAGCUCCCACCAAACACCUUUGGAUUGUAAUGUCUCUGCUGAAAAACAGUUGCAUGACCCGUUUAAUGAAUUAGGAUGUACAGCUGGGGAUAUUAAUAAUCAAGACUCGAUAGAGAACUAGAGCUUCACAUCAAUGCCAGUAAGAAAGAUGAAGGCACAUAUCUUGGAAGCAACAGUAUCAGUUACAUGCUUCAUACUGUAGAUAUGUACGAUAAAAUGUACAGCUAUACCAUUUGUUAUAAAUGAUACUAUAGAUACAAUAAGGCAAUAAUUUCUGCUCAGAAUAUCAAUUGCAGUAGCAAAUGUGCGUGUGUGUUUGUGCAUGAUAGUUUUUAAAGUAAACAUGUUUUUUUAUUUCUACAUAGAACUUGUUGCAAGCAGGAUUUUCCAGUUACUUGUUGUUGUUAUUGUAUUACGUAAGUGAUAUUUGCCCUGCUGCGUGUUACUGUCUGGUACCUAUUACAGCUGCAGAACAUACUGGCACUGUUACAUUAAAUAAACACUUAUGAAAAUA